AUGUAUUCAACCAGGAAGCAGCUUCAAGAAAGCAGAGCAGACAAUAAACCCACAAGCCGUGCCAAAACAAAAAAAACAAGACAACAACAAAAUGUAGCCAAAAGACACCAUGAAUGUGUGGCCUGCCUGAAAGCAGUUAAGAAGGGACCAGGAACGGCCAAUGAGACAGAUGAUGGUGUUGCAAACCGAAGCAUGGAGGGUGACAGUGGACCUCGCAUGGAUUCUUUGGAUGACAUACAGGACAAAGACGUGCUAGCAACACAUUAUGCAAUAUUAUUGGUUGAAAUUGAUUGA